AUGUCGGACAUCGGUAACGUCAUCCGCGGCCACAAGGCCAACCUCAGCAACCCCAACACCAGCGAGACAUCCAAGCAGCACUCUCUUGAGGUCAUCGAGAAGGAGCUCGGUACUGAGACCAACUCUGGUGGUGCUAGCGCUACUGCUCACAACGACGAUGGCAAGGAUCCCAUGAGAGUCGCUGCCGGCCUCAAGGCUGCUCUCCACAACCCCAAUGUCUCUGAUGAGGCCAAGGAGAAUGUCUCGCACCAUCUUGCCGACAUCAACUCCCCUUCUCACGCUCACGCCACUUCCACUUCUCACACUGACACCACUUCCACUUCUCACGCCGACGAUGGCAAGGAUCCUACCAGGGUUGCUGCUGGUCUCAAGGCUGCUCUUCACAAUCCCAACGUCUCUGACGACACCAAGGAGCACCUUCAGGAGCGUCUUGACGACAUGAACUAG